GGGCAUCAAGCACGCACACAUUGUGCCUAUAGUAGGCUAGACGAUCGUGCACGCACAUGUGUGCGUCAAACAGUCCGUUUCCAUACCAUUCCACAUGCGCACUCCCUCAUAAUAAUAUAAUCUAUAUCGUUCAAGGUUAUUACGCUCGACCAGUCGUUUUUAAGAUGGCAAAAGAUUAUCGGAGCAUUGACUGCGCAUCCAAACGACUCUGGUGAGUACAGUUAGAUUGAAAUACUGAGAGUUUGGGCUGAGCGUUGCAUUAUCAAUACAAGAUGCUUGGUGUCACCACUGUGUGAUUGACCGAGAGCGCACAGCAGCUGUGGAGAGGUGGAGACCCUGCUGCGCUGUGCUGACGCGCGUCUGUGGACACGUCCGGGUACCACGCCAGAUAUUUCAACUUCAUUCAGUGCAGUUCUUGGAGACCAUAUCGACGCAUUCCCACCUCUCCAGACGCUCCUGACUCACUUGUAGCUGCGCUCUACUUAUUGCGCGCUGCGUUGCGCACUGUAAUAAGGCUCGACGCGCACCAUCGUUCGUUUGGAUUUUCGUAUCGUGUCCUACCGGUGGAUUGCUUUCGUCGGAGUUUGUCUCUGAAGAGGUAGGGGACGAGAAUAUCCAGCAGAUGUAGCAUUUGAUGAAUACCUCUUCACUGACAACCAAGUUUAUGCGCGUCUGGAAAAGGAGCUACGACGGUUUGAUUUUGUGGUUCUGUCUAAUAAUAACUGGUAUUUUUUUUCCAGAAAUGAAAUGAUUUGACUCACUCCACAAAGCGCAUUUUUACUUUUCUCAAAGAGGAACUUCGAGGAUUUUGUCUCUUUCCUUUUUUUUUAAAGAUGCUCUUGGAUUUGGAAACGCCGGAAAUUUAUUAUUGAGGUUUUCUCUCUCAAUGCAUUCCGGAGGACAUAAUCACAUUUAUAGGAAAUAAGCGUCUUGAAAUCCGCACUGGGCUGUGAGAAGAAAUCUAAUCAGAUCGGACGCGUUAAGUGGGAAGAAAAGGUUGAGAAAAGUUCCGUUUUAAACCCUGGCUGUGGAAUAAGAGCAGCAUCCCUCUCUACCGAUGCUCUACUAAAGAUUGGAAGGGAGAUGCGGGGAAUGGUUAGUCUCAGGGAUAAGACCCUGCUAGAUGCUUUCGGGUGCAUAAGCUGAAUCUGAAAACCGAAAUUUUGUUUUUACGCGUCAAGAAUGACUCAUCAGACCGGAAAAACAACGAAUGAAUUUUGAUUUAUCAGCAGGAAAAGACUUGGAUUUGGACGGUGCACAGAGAGGUUGCAUCUGAAUAUCUGCUUUAGUCCACAUGCACUUGCGUGCGCGCGUUUGAUCGCCGCGUCUAUAAUGGUAUUGAUAGAAAGACCGAAUGGAUUUAUGUGGUCGAAUUUCUUCUCAUAGAAGAUUGUCAAUGCGAAACUGCUGAAGGAUCGUGUCGCUUUCGUGCGCUUUCUGCUUGGAUAGCCCGAACUACACGCUGAAGAACAUUUCUAUCGCAUCGUGCCAGAAACGCGGAUGGAUUUUCGUCGCGGUUCCCGUUUGGAAGGGAACAGAUCGGAGCUCUCCGUGGUUUUGCCUGCGAUUUAAGCUGCGUAAACGUUACGCCUGGAGAAAAGGCCGCGCCAGCCAGCGAAACCAAGCGUGAAGAUGUCCAGAAACUGCUGGCACUGUGGAAGACUUGGCAGUUUGGCCUAAUAAAACACGUCCCAAAGAGUGGAGAACCUGUCAGCGAAUUAUGAAUGAUAAACAAGAUGACCUCCUCCCUGAUGCAGCAGACGAUGAGAGGUCCUAGGUGGAACCGGGCCCUGUCCGACCCAUUGUUCGUGCUGUUGCUUGCCCUGCAGCUUCUGGUGGUGGCUGGCCUGGUGCGAGCGCAGACCUGCCCCUCCGUCUGCUCCUGUAGCAACCAGUUCAGCAAGGUCAUCUGUACGCGACGUGGCCUUCGAGAUGUCCCUGACGGCAUUUCCACCAACACGAGGUAUCUGAACCUUCAGGAAAACCUCAUACAGGUGAUCAAGGUUGACAGCUUCAAGCACCUGCGACACCUGGAGAUACUACAACUCAGCAAAAACCAUAUCCGCAACAUUGAAAUCGGAGCCUUCAAUGGGCUGGCUAACCUCAACACACUGGAGCUUUUUGAUAAUCGACUGACCACAAUCCCCAAUGGGGCUUUUGAGUACCUGUCAAAACUUAAGGAGCUUUGGUUGAGGAAUAACCCUGUAGAAAGUAUACCUUCCUAUGCCUUCAACCGCGUACCGUCACUGCGAAGGCUGGAUUUGGGUGAGCUGAAACGGCUCUCGUAUAUUUCAGAAGGUGCUUUCGAAGGCCUGAGCAACCUGCGUUACCUGAACCUGGGCAUGUGCAACCUGAAAGAGAUUCCCAACCUGAUUCCGCUUGUCCGGUUGGAUGAGUUGGAGAUGUCGGGAAACCAGCUCUCUAUAAUAAGACCGGGGUCCUUCAAAGGCCUCAUUCACCUACAGAAACUGUGGAUGAUGCAUGCACAGAUCCAAACUAUUGAGAGGAACGCCUUCGAUGACCUUCAGUCCCUCGUGGAGCUCAAUUUGGCCCACAAUAACCUCACCCUCCUGCCCCAUGACCUCUUCACCCCACUGCAUCAUUUGGAGAGAGUACACUUACACCACAACCCCUGGAAUUGCGACUGUGAUAUCCUGUGGCUUAGUUGGUGGCUUAAAGAAAUGGUACCGGCUAAUACCAGUUGCUGUGCUCGCUGUGCUUCACCUACUAGCCACAAGGGGCGAUACAUUGGGGAACUAGACCAGAACUAUUUCCAUUGUUACGCACCUGUGAUUGUGGAGCCUCCAGCUGAUCUAAACGUGACUGAAGGCAUGGCAGCAGAACUGAAAUGUCGAGCAAAUUCUUUGACCUCAGUCAGUUGGAUCACACCCAACGGCUCAAUCAUGACACACGGGGCUUACAAGAUUCGGAUUUCUGUGCUCAAUGAUGGGACGUUAAACUUCACCAAUGUUACGAUGCAGGACACGGGAACUUACACUUGCAUGGUGAGCAACUCUGCAGGCAACACGACAGCCUCGGCCAUACUCAAUGUGUCCUCUACAGAAAAUGGUGGCGUCAGUUACUUCACCACAGUUACUGUCGAGACCACGGAAUCAUCGCACGAAGAGGGCCACCCAACGGUUCAGCAGAAGGGAGGUCCCACCCCCUCCUCUGGAAUUUGGGAGACCUCACCACCUUCCUUCACCACAACCACCACCACUACAGCACGGACUCCGGUGUCCACCAAGGCCACCGACAAGACCUACACCAUCCCCGUCACAGCCACGAUCGAUGGCUCUCUCCACACUCUUGACGAGGUGAUGAAGACCACCAAGAUCAUCAUCGGCUGCUUCGUGGCCAUCACUCUGAUGGCGGCCGUCAUGCUGAUAAUCUUUUAUAAAAUGCGCAAACAGCAUCACCAGCAGAACCAUCACGCACCAACGCGAUCCAUCGAGAUCAUCAACGUAGAUGAGGACUGCGUAACCCGUGGACCUACCAUGGAGGGUCACUUGACCCUCCCUCCACUCGAGCAUGAGCACCUGAAUCAUUACAAUGCCUACAAGACUGCAUACAACCACGCAUCCACCAUCAAUUCUAUACAUAGCUCCGCCCACGAACCUUUGCUAAUUCGGGCCAGUUCGAAAGACAAUGUACAAGAGACCCAGAUCUGAACUGCUUUUCAUAAUACUGGGAAUACAAGGACAAAAAAGACCUCCAAAACAAACUCUUUAAGGAACAGUAUGUGACGUAUCGAUUUUCAAGAUUGUUUAAACAAAGACACAGUAGAGCGAUGCAAGACAUGCAAAAAGAGCCUGGUAGAAAACCAAUGGACACUGAGAGUGUAUGUCAACAGUUUCAAAAGUGUCUUUACAUAACAGAAGUUAUUUAUUUAAGGAAAAAAAACUAUUGUGGUUUAAUCGAGAAAAGAUGUAAUCUGCAAUUAUUUUUCCAGUAAUUAUUUCUCCAUGUUUUUAAAUGUUAUUUUAAGGGUUGCUGGUUUACUAAUAUGCUUUUAAACUCUGUUAAAGUCCACUGUUCUGUAUGUGAGGAUCCAAUUAUUGCAGCUGAAUCUAAAAUGUUGAGGUGCAUAUGAAGUAUGAAUACUUUUAGAAUAUAAAAUUACCACACCCCAUAACUGACAUCAUCAAUGAACAUCUUAAUCAGUGAAAUUCCAAUCCCUUUAAAUUUGAAUUCAACCAUAUCAUGUUAUUCAGAUGUGGCUGCUUCAUAGGCUAAUUUAUGCAGAUUUGGCUUCUUCACCCAUGAGUUGCCUAUGUGUCUCUGUUAACUCUUUCCCCACCAGCCAGCAUUUAAAAAAAGUUGCCAGUCAGCGGCAGCAUUUUUUAUGAUUUUCACAAAAGUUGAAUGCCUCCCAGAAUUUUUUGUUUCAUCCUAUCUUAAUUUUUUCUCUUUUUAUCACCUCUCAAAUAUGGGUAGGUUUCUUAAAAAAUACCAAAUUUUGAGCAAAAAGCUGAGAUAGUUGCAUUUUUGUAAAGGACUUUUGUUAGAGAUCAGAUUCAGAACGAUGAUCAAAACAUACACAGAGUUUUUACAGUUUUUGAAACAGUGGAUGCUUCAGUGUUUUAUAAGUUGGGUACGAGUGCCACCUAGUGCAUAAUAGCGGAAAUACGGAUUGCCGUAAAAACUUGUCAUUGGCAGGGAAGCGUUUUCUCUUAAUUGACGAGAUAACUCGUCAGUGGCGGGGAAAAAGUUGAAAGGGCAACCAGGACAAUUCCAACAAUUGUCAACAAAAUUUCACAUGAUUCUUCGUUUCUACUUCAAAUGAGCUACUGUAAAUUGAAGUACUCGAAGAAUGUAUGCAAAUAAGAUUUCAAAACAAGAAAAGCAGAAAACGGGAAAACAUAGAAAAGGGCUGAACAUCAUAGAACCAUAAAAAAUAUGCAAAACCAGGACCACUGAUAUAUAUAUUAAAGGUUUUACCCUUACAAACAUAACCAUGUUUAUUACAGAAAAAGGAACCUUUUUUUUUUGAUAAUCAUAAGACAUGAGUUUACUACAAAAAUCACCGUUAAACUAUGGUUAGUGUAAAUUCUGCUGUUUCAUUACCACUAGAUUUUGUUUAACGGAUAGUUUAACCUUUAAUGAAAAGUCUGUCAUCAUUUACUCCUAAAUCUGUAUAUGUUUCUUCUUUUAAAUGCAAAAAAAUUGAUAAAUGAUAGUAACCACAAAGUUGAUGGCAUCCAUAAUCUUUUUUCCUACUAUAGAAGUCAGUUUAUGGCACUUAUUGCCUUCCAUAGUAUUUUUCUGCUAUAUUUACAACUAUAGUGUGAUUACAUCAUUUAUCUUUUUUUGUGUGUUCAACAGAACAAAGAAACUUAUAUAGGUUUAGGACAACAUGAGGGUGAGUAAAUGAUGAGAGAUUUUUUUUUUUUUAAUUCUUCAAUGUUUUCUUUUACUCAUUUUGAGCUAUCAGUCUCCUCGGGCACUUAUGCAAUAUCUUUUAAAAAACUUUCAAACACACUUUUGCUCACAAGUCACAUUCAAUCACUUUUAUUUAUUUUCUGUGCAGACCGAAAUACAUUCAUCUUCAGCUUACACAUGCAGCAGUCAAGACGCCGUUGGCUGCGGGCAGAAUGACUUGCGUUAUGAAUUAACUUAUGAAAUCAAAAUGGCCCGAGACGGUCACUAUAGAAACCGGUGACCUUGGACGGAGAGGGUGUUGCCGACAGACAUUGGCUUGACACUUUCAAUGCAUUCAGAGUCAAAUUAAAAAAGCAAGUCUGGGUGAAAGAGCCAAAGUGGAUUCAUUUGAAGUGUAUAAUUUAGUCCAUAAAGCAACUCGGAGGGCUAUACUGUAGGUAAUUUGAAUUAAACCAAUAUACCUGUGACAUUUUAAUUCAGAUUGGUAGCAUUUCAUAAUUCAAAGCGCACAUAAUCCUCACAUAAAGACCCUCUUACUUGUGUUUCUGCUAGAGUUGUAAUACAGAUGCGUUUUGAUACCAAGAUUUUUUAUCAUGCUUUCAUCGCACACCAGAUGCACUCUGGUUUUUAAGAUCGGUUGUGAUUAUGCUCCAUAGGAUUUGCUAUAUAAAAUCAUUGCAAAAAAUCUUUUCCUGCCCAAGCAAAGGCCAUCUGGUACAUUGUCUGAUUGAGACAUCAAAGCGUGCAAAAAAAAGACUGUUGUUUAUCUGAAUAUGCUGCUCUUUCUGAUUUUAAUUCAUAACUUUAUUUUUUCGUUUUGUUAAGUGAUGUCAAUCCAAAUUCAUUACAGGUAUCCUUAUAAACACUGGAGUUUAGCACAAAAGUAAACCAAGUCAAUGAGUUAAGUGUUAUUUUUGUGUUUAAUUUGUUUAUUCGACAAUUUGGAUCUCUGUCCUGAACUUCUUAUGAUUAUUGGAAAAGGUUUCUGUCAUUUUUAUUAUUAUAAUAAUAUGUUUAUUUUUGUUACUGGUUCUGUUUUUUAUUUAAUGACUACUUGUGAUUUUUUGUUUUACAUGUACGUUCUGUCUCAUGUAAACCCAUCUGUGUUUUUGGUUUAGGAGGAACGAGAUACUUUGGGCUCCGUUCCACGUAAGUUCUUUCUUUUCGUCUCUGAGGGGGAAUGCUGUUCUAGUGGUAGAUUUCUAUAAAAAGAGAUUUUGAAAAUAAAACAAAAAAGCAAAACAAAAACUUUUUAAAUUUUAAUUUUACAUGUGCCAACCUGUUCUAAAAGAUUUCAGAGAGAGAGAGAGAGAGAGAGAGGGACGUGCUGUAAAAGAUGGCUGAAUUGAUUUUCAUGUAAACAUUAUUUCAUGACCUUUAAAAACAGAUGGAGAUCGAUUAUAGAAAUCAGAGUUUGUAGUUCAUACACGAGAUAAGGUUACAAAUAAACUAUCAUUGUCUUUU